CCAGAAGUCUUUAUUAGACACCCUCGUAAGAAAGUCAUCGAAAGAUCAAAAAAAUUCAAAAAUUCAGAGAAAAUUUGGGGAUAGUUAUUUAUCUUCUCAUCCUUCUGUUCAGACAAAAUAAAAUUUUCGAUCCCUCCGAAUUUUCCCUCUCUUUUCAGUACGCCCUUGGAGGGAAAACCUUCCAAAUCCAAAAGCUCCUGUUUCAGCCGGUAAAACAAACUUAGGGUUUUCAUAUAUGCUCAAGCUUCAAUCACCACGAUCUUUUUCAUUUUUCUCUUUCCCGACUCACUGUUGGGGUUCGGGAAUAGUGAUUUCCGCUGCUGGUUUCUCAUCUUCCAGCUUGAUUUUAACUCAGCCAAAUCGGUACUUGCAGCCUUCUCAAAAUUAAGUAGUUUAAUCCAAGGUCAAAAUGCAAACAAAGAAGAAAAGUUCUGGAAGAACUGCUGCUAGAGACCAUGCUAGUCCCAGGGUUACAAGAGCUCAGAAGAAAGCCUAUGAAAAUGUGCAACUUGUGGAAAAGAAGGUUGCAGAUCUAAUUACAUCUUCAACAAGAAAGCAGAGAGUUGGUGGCAAUCAUAAAAAGAAUGGGGAGCCUGUUACCGCAACCAUUUCAACUAUGAAUUAUGACUCGAUGCGUGAUGAGACUGCUGAGACUUGUUUGGAGCAUGAUGCUUUAAGUGAUGAUUGCAUAGAGAAUAAGGGUUGUAAAGAGGAAACUGCUGAUUGCAUGCUGGGAACUAUAUUUUCUCCUUCCUUUCACAUAUCUAAGCACACCAACGGGGAACCUGCUAAUGAAGUUGAUUUUGUUAAAUUCUUUAGAAAUGAAGACCACAAUUUCCAUCAAGAAUGUGAAAUAAAGUACUCGAGAGUUGAUGUGCUGAAUGGUCAUGUUGUUCAAGGGACUUCCGAAUCCUUGGUUAGAGAUGAGAAGAGUUACUAUGAGAACACAUUAUCUUCAGUAAAUAUAACAUAUCCUGUUGUGGAAGCAGCCAGUAUUUCUUCUGAAGUCUCAGCCAUAUAUCUUGCUAUGAAAAAUUCUAAGUUGGAAUGUGUAGAUGAGCAUGGGCAAGAGCCCAUGUCAACUGAUUUAUACACAGAUGAUGACGAGUUUGACGAGAUUGAUGACUUUGAUCCGUACUUAUUCAUCAAGAACUUACCUGAUUUGUCAUCUGUUGUCCCAACUUUUCGGCCAAUGCUUCUGCCUAAACAGACACGGAGUUGCCCUCCUACCAGUCUUGUUUUGGACUUGGAUGAAACUUUGGUACACUCCACACUAGAACCUUGUGAUGAUGCAGACUUCACUUUUCCUGUAAAUUUUAAUCUCCAGCAGCACACAGUAUACGUCCGAUGCCGUCCUCAUCUCAGAGAUUUUCUGGACAGAGUUUCCACUCUUUUUGAGAUCAUAAUAUUUACAGCUAGUCAAAGUAUUUAUGCAGAGCAGCUUCUAAAUGUGCUGGACCCAAAAAGGAAGAUAUUUCGCCAUCGUGUUUUUCGUGAUUCCUGUGUUUUUGUGGAGGGGAAUUACCUCAAAGAUUUGUCAGUUCUUGGUCGUGAUUUGUCACGUGUUAUCAUAGUUGACAACUCUCCACAGGCAUUUGGAUUCCAAGUAGACAAUGGAAUACCAAUUGAGAGCUGGUUUGAUGAUCGUUCUGAUAAAGAAUUACUUUUAUUACUUCCUUUUUUGGAGAGCUUGGUUGGAGUAGAAGAUGUUCGGCCACUAAUUGCAAACAAAUUCAACCUUAGGGAGAGAGUAGCUGCUGCUGUUUAUCCUCUGAACUCAUGUAGAGGUGAUCCUUUUGAAAGGUGAGCCUUCGAUGUGAAUGACCGGUUUUACGGUGUGAAAGCUAUUCUGAGUGUUUUCCUGUAUUUUUAGAUUUGCUACUGGAAACAAUGUUCUGUUGCGAAUUAUGUGCUUUCAUUGAGAAAGACGAUCUGAUCUGGGUGUAACAUGGGUCAAAUACAAGGAAGACACAUAAACUCUUGAUAAAAAAAAUUAGCCUACAAAUAAAGAUUCCGGAUAAUUUAAAAGUUAUAUACAAAUUUGAAGUGUUAGGAGG